CUUGUGGAGGAGCCAGCAAACUCACAAGCGGUACAAAGACUGUGCUUCACACUUCCUUCGUUUCAUGAACCGCGAUUACGGCGAGCAUUAUGCCUGCUGCACAAACUAACAAACCCGCGAGACCAAAGGUCAAGCGAUACCAUGUUUGGAAUGUCGUACUCUUUAUUAUGGGGACUCUCUUCCCCCCAUUGGCUGUGGCAGCGAGGUUCGGUAUCGGGAAGGACUUCUGGCUGAACCUUCUACUCACGAUAUGCGGAUAUAUUCCAGGACACGCACACAACUUUUACAUCCAGAAUAUUCGAAAUAAUAAGAAUCACCGUCGUACCCCCAAAUGGGCCCAACGAUAUGGCCUUGUUGAUACUUCAACCAUCAAGCGUCAUGAACAGCGUUCCCAGUGGGCAGGGAGAUACAACGACCGUAAUCCACACUCCGCCCUAGACGAACAGCCACUGGAGGAAGGCCAAAUGGCGCCGAGUCGCUCAACAACACAGGAUUCCUCCACUAAACCAGGCAAUGGCGGUGCUCUGUGGAAAGAUGGUGAUGAGUCAUUCUACAAUCCCGAACGCGAAGGUAGCCUGCGUUCAGCCGAAUCUGGAAGUACUCGUUGGAAAUACCCUGCCAACUUCAAUGACACACUUCCUGGUGCGGGAGAUGCUCCAGGGCGGAAGAAGAAAAAGAAGAAAGAUAGGUGGGCGAGAACGGAGGAUGCAUAUACUGCCCCCGAGAAUAAGAAACGAAAGAAGAAGUCAAAGAAUCGCUCCACAGUUGGCGAUGGUGGUGAUCUAGAGUCAAACUACUCACGCGGAACUGGAUCGGCUGCUGAUUUGGAGGUGCCAGAAGAUCCAGCUGGUGAAGCGUACGGAUCUGGGAGACAAGGCAAUGGGCACGCAGCGGGGGAGAAUGACCAUGCUGCCGCAUCGCAGGGCGAGAGCGAUGUAUUCAAUCACGAAUUCUAAUACACACGCGUCCUCUAGAUAUCCUACAUCUAUCCAGACUGGCAUCCAUCUCCAAUCCGUCCAUGGGGAAUUUUUGGACAACACACUCGAUAUCUCAAGUCCCUAAACUCGAACUGCUGCCACUCCACUCCGACGAGCCGCACUCGCCGGAUCAAGGGUCCUUCGAUUGUUCGAUUGUUAAGCGUUCCGCAUAGACCUGUGUUUCGUGUCCAGGGUCCCCUGUCCAGUGCAAAGUAUCCGUGC